AUGGAAUACCUCGGCAAAAAAGAAAUACAACUUCCAGGUUGCUUGAACCCACGAUUUCUUGUGUGUAAUUUGCGCAGGGACCGGGCCGGGGCGGAUGGCCAGUCCUUGUUGACAGUCGAAGGCACGCCGUUAUCCACUUGCAUGGCCGCCACGUAUUUUUUUGGAUUCGAUACGCGGUGUCGAGAACAACAAGAUCGACGGACAUACACGUGGAGAAGAAGAAGAAUCAAUGGAUUAGGGCUCAGAGACCUCUUAAAUUACCUCAAUUUCACAAAUUUCAGAAUCAAUAGUAUUAGGGCAUUGAGUUUGGAGAACUAUUUCUCCUCCACUCGAUCGCAAACUGAUUGGAGCCAAUCUCAACCCACCCCACACCCCCGGUCAAGCUACGUUUUAUUUCGACCACACCUCGAGCCUGUGAACACCUGCCUCGUCUCCAAAAUAUCCAAAUCGCCCACGCCCUCGAUCACGACGAAGAGGCUGCUUAUAUCUAUCGACCCGUCUCGUAAAUUCAGAACAAUUUCUUCAUUGCCUUCAUCCCCUCCGCCUGCCGCAGAGGCAGAGGACGGACCCCUUGAUCUUCCUUCCAUCUCAUCGGCGCGACCUGGAUCACCAGCUUUCUCGACAACCUCGACUGCCGACGGAGGCUCAUCCCCUUUACUACCACCACUUCCGCCUCCAACAUUUGGUGGCAGGACACUCGAUCAUCUGAAUACUACUCCUCCUUCUAUCGCGCGAACGCAUCGAAGUAACAGCAGUAGCCAUAGCCAAUAUUAUACCGCUAGUUGGGGAUCGCCCUACCAACACCCAGUUGGCACUUCUCAUCGGACUCGAUCGCAACGACAUAGUUAUACUUUGAGUGGCAGUGAGAGAUCCGAAGACUCAUCAAUUCGCCAUCUCGAGUUCCAUACACCUUACUUGCGACCUGCUCCCAGCUUCACUCGGACUCACACGCUUCCUGACUUCGUCUCGCAAGACGGUCUUAUUAGCGCAGCUGUCCUUGCGAACCGAGCUCGACGACCCAGAAGAGGAUUGACCGAAGACUGGAUUCGCCAGCAUACCGGUGGUGAGCUUGCAGAGAGAAACCAUUGGCUGAGCGACGACGCUGGAGAUAGUGAGCACUCUUCAUUGAGCGGAUCCAUCUCUGGAGAAGGAGAAAACUGGUUGGCGCAAGAGCAAGAAACAAGCCCUCAAACACCGACGCUGAAAAGAUUUUUGGAAAUACGGGAAGAGCAAAGACUCGCCAACGGAGCUCAUCGUAGAAAUCUUAGUACGGAAACAUUAACACAAGCUGAUUUCUCCGACGUUGGGCUACCCAGUAUGUCGGGAGAAAUGGGAAAUGCUGCUUCCGCGGAGGAUGUAGCGACGCCCACCGAAGAGAGGCCAGCUCCCCCACCAAAAGAUGGAUCAUGGCUUCCAAAUGCCAUUCCAACUUUUGGCUUCGAUUUAGCUGCGGACCCGGCACCAGCUUCUUCGCCUGCGCCCGCUCCUCCUCGAUUGAAAAAGAAAGUUCCAUGGAAAGGAAAGACGAUCCCUGUCCUGCUUCCUUGGGAUGAUGAACGUGGUAUGGCAGGAAAGGCUCCAAUGCCUCUGCAGCCCAAAGAUGUAGAAGCCAUGCUUGAGAAAUGGGAGCAGUCAGGUUAUGAUACAAAAGGCUUUAGCCUGGGCCACGAAAACGAUUACAAUGGGGCGUAUGGCACACAAGGCCAGAGUUGUGGUAUAUGGCCGGCCGUCAAUGAUCUGGACCAGGAGCGGGAGCAACGGGAUUUUCAAGUCAGCAUCCCGGACAGAAAAGAAUGGGACGCGUAUGUUGAGGAGUUGAAGGAAGCCAAGCUUCGUGCACUUGGUGUAUCUCUUGGAGAUGAUGAUCCACCUCCAACAAUCUCACCAGCUGUCGCAACAAUGAGCCGACAAAAUUCUAUGCAAUACCCUCCCUUGCCAUUCUCGCCGCCUAUACCAACUUCUUCAGCUUCCAGUAUGCACCGCCAGCAUCCAUUCUCGCCAGCUUUACUAGUUGGGGCAGGGCUCUCAACAGGCCAGAGUUCCAACCCCGGAUCGGUCGCCUCGCCAGCUUCGAUGCACGCCCAUCUGCAAGGGAAAUUCAACACGAGGCAUCAAUCCGUAUCUUUCUCGCCAGGGGAACAUCCAUUCGGUUCGCCAUUUCAGUAUCCUCAACCCCAAUCACCUGGAGUAUGGUCACCCCAACAAGCCAUCUUUCAGCAAGGGCACGCUCGUGGUGGGUCUCCUUCCAUGCACAAUUUGGGAUCGAUUAUGUCGCCAAGCUCUCCAUUCUCUCAGGAUGGUGGCUACUUCCAGAACGGCGAUGUCAUGUCUCAAAUGCAGCAACGACAGCAAUUUCUUCAGAACCAGCUCCAUCACCAGCAACAAUUACAAAUGCAAUCAAGUGCUAGAGCUUCGCCACGCCUGCAAGAUCUUCGGGAAGUUGACGAUGAAGCCACUACUGUUCCGUCUAAAAGUCCGUCCAAGACCCCAGAGGCUAGGCCAAUCAGACAUAAUCCUAGUGCCAGCUUGCAAAAAGAAAUUGAUGAUGCCGAGUAUCAUCUGGAGGAGCAAAUGGUGCGGCAGCUUGAGCAUGAGGAUUACAGUCCUCAUUCUGACCACGGCGAGAAGGAGACUAGAUUUGCAGAGCCCCCUGUUCAUGCUCGAAACCCUUCGGUUAUCAAAGGUGGGCUUGGGUCCUCACGUUUUGCCAUCAGCGAUGAUUCGGAUCCUGGUCCUACCUUGCACCACCCUCAACCUCACAGUCGGGGCCACUCCUUAUCUCAGCAACCUUUCCAUGACAGUGAGGACACUCUGAGCGCUACAGACAUUAAGGCGCGCUUCUCUGGUAACCUUAAAGGAUUGUCAGCAGACGCCUCUGAUCUUGAGACAAAUCCAAGCAAUAUUGGUACCCCCUUACACAGCUCUAAUCCUUCCACCAACAACCAUAGUAGAGCUCUUUCAACCAUCAGUAACCCAUGGGCAGAAUCCGAAGCCGCUAAGAAUGGGCAACGUCGUAACGGCCACAGCGCUAAGCCGUCAAUGUCGACGCUCAAUGUUGCGGCCAAGGAGUUCAAAUUCAACCCUGCGAGCUCCUUCAAACCAAGCCAAUUCUCAUUUGGCAGCAAUGGCUUUCAACCACAGCAACCUGUCUCUGCAUUUCCUGCCUUUGGCCUCCCAGCUUCCGCUACUUCGAGCCACUUCAGCCAUCCAUCUAUAGGAAGUGGAAAGAUCAAUGUCGCAGCGCCAGUGUUUACGCCUGGCCAGAGCGAAUUCAGUUUCUCCACCUCUGGUCCAACUUUCAGACCCGAUGCGCCAGCGUUUACACCGUUGUCUGGUGGAUUUGGUAGUUCCAUUGGAAGCGUGGGGUCUGGUAGCGACGUCCCUCAAAGCACCAUUUUUGGUAACAUCGAUCUCAAUGCCAUCAACACAAACAAAGCUUCUAAGAAAUCCAAGGCUAUUCCUAUCAUCAGACCAGAUAGUAGUCACUCAGUCGAGACAGAAGAUGAUGGUGUGGAAGACAAGGAUGGCCGGAUGAAUCGGAGUGAGGGGCGUAACAAGAGAGCUCGUGGCGGAAAGGACGACGGCGAUUCUGUGCCAUUGUUUGCUGAGCCCAGCUUGCCUCUUGGGGAAACAUCUCGAGAGCAGUCGCCUCCGAAGGAAUCACCAGCAGCCUUGGAGAAGCCUACCGACAAAGAAAAUUCAGCACCCCUUGCCAGCCAGGAUGUUUCUCCUAUCACACCGGAUGCAGGUGCUUCUCAUAUGUUUGAGCACUCUGCGGAGCAAGGUAACAAAGAAUUUUCACCGUAUGAGUUUCAGCAACAGAAACAAGCAGAGGACUUCAAUGCUGCACGGCCAUUUGUGUCUCGAAGAUACGGAUCUGGUCUUCCUGGAUACGGUUUCCACGCUCCUUCAGAGGAUGGCGAAGUAUCACCAGUGGAAGAGGAAAUAAUUUCUAGACCUGCAAGUAAAGGCCAUAAAAAGAAUGUGUCAUCAUUAUCUGCUACUGCCAAACCAUUCGAGUUUAGGCCUGGAGCGUUCAACUUUACCUAUGCAGAAACUUCCGAGCCAACGCCGACCAUGAAAUCCCCGCCGACAUUGCCAAAGCCGAAUAUGGGUCUGUCAGCUUCUAGAUACGCGAGAAGCCCCACGCCUCCUGCUGCUAUCGAUUCUUCUGACAUUGGUAUGAGGUCUCCUGAGAGAUCUGAGUUCCAAGCUGCCUUGCCGCUAGAAACUCCGCCAAAUGAUGCCGAGGAGGAACAAUCUGAUGCUGCUACCCAUGAGGCGACGUUCGAAGAGAUCGACGCGAUCAUGAAUCACAUGAAUCCCAAUGCGAUUGAUACCGCACGUGCAAGCUCUCCAGGUUGGCAACAGAGCAGCCCUACCAGAGGUAUUCAAAUGCCAGAUAUGGAUGCCUCGUCGCCGAUACGACUCCAACCACAGAAUCUCAUGCGAAGUGACGCUCCAAGCCCAAGCCCAGGAAGAUUCAUGUCCGUUCCUGGUGCUAAUGGAGAUGGUCUCUUUUCUCAUGAUCCCUUCGUUGGAGAUAGCUUGCAGACAACAAUGCCUUUUAUCUCACCAUCACCAAUCCAUCGUCUCAACAGAGCAGGCAGUGUUCCGCAAAGCGAUUGGGACGAUGUUCUUAGUGAGACGGAGGAGGCUAAGUUACAGCCACGCUCCCGAUUCUUUGACAACCAUGUCAAUGAUCUGGUCGGUGGUCUUUUGGCAGAGCGGAUCGAACCUCUUGAGAGAACCUUGGAAACUAUACAGGUCUCUAUUGAGAUGAUGGCUGCACGUGCGCCUUCGAGCCGUCAGGAGAGAAGAAGCAUAUCCGGUGCUCUCAGCGAUGCGGACGACGAGGACGACGAUAUCCCACGCCGGUCCCUCAGCCCGCAGAGGAGAGAUCAGAAGCUUGAUAAAAUUAAGCGUAUCAUUAUCGAUGCGCUCAAUACUCACCAGAGCUCUCAGACUGUUACUGGGGCGCCUCAAGAAUCCGAGUCCACUGAUUCGCGUAAUGUACUUCAGGUUCUCGAAGAAAUGAGAGAACAGUUUGGCCAAUCGAUGCGCCUCGACCUUCGUGGAGAAGAUCUGCGCAAUGUGGUAGAAGAGGCCGUUGAGCGACGCAUGCCAGCUACCGUCAACCCAGCUGCUAUUGUUGACGAGGCAGCGAUUACACGAGAGGUAGAGCAACGAGCCCGGAUUGCUCAACUUGAGGAAAAACUCCAAAUUGCAGAAACCAAACCUGUCAUCGACCAAGCUGCUAUCGUACGGGAGGCUGAGUAUAAAGCAAAGAUUGCCCUUCUUGAGGAGCGGGUCCUUGCGGCUGAAGCUAGGCCGCUCUUUGAUGAAGCGGCUGCCGCGAGAGAAGCCGAGCAGAAGGAACGGAUUGCGGAGCUCGAGAGUAGACUUCGUGGUGCAGAUAGCAACACGGAAACUGAGAUUCAAAACAGACGAGCAGCCGAAGAUCGUCUCGCUGAAGUUCAACGAUUACUCAGAAUUUCAUCAGAGGAGGAAGACCGCCUUAGAGAGUCCAUGGAGCAGAGAGAGGUCAAGAUUCGUGAGAUCGUCGACGAGCGUGAUCAGAAGGUAAGAAGCGUGGAAGAGUCACGAGCCAAGACUACUAUGCGCAUUGCCCUCCUGGAAGCCGGCCAAAGCAAUGCUCAAAAGUCACAAAUGGACUUGCAAACUAGGAUCAAUAUUACCGAGAGCGAGUUGCACCAAUGCCGUCAAGAACUCCAGCAUUGGCAAAUGGAAGCUGAACGUGCCGUGGAAUCCGCCAGGAGACACAACGAGGAUGCGGAGCAGGCCAACGAUACCAACAAGGAGCUCAGAAGGACCAUUGAUACUCUCAGGACCCAGAUGGAGGAAAGUAUCCGAGUCCGCGAAGGCAUGAGAGGGAAAUUAAUGCUUCUGCAGGAGGAAAUGGCCCAUGCAGCCCGUGACAUCUCGGAAGACAACGCCCGUCGCGCCAAAAAAGAGCAGGAGCUCGUCGCCCGGCAAGAGGUCCUGGACGCCAGACUUCAAGCGGAAGCUCGAACUCGGGAACGCCUGGAACUGGAAAUUGAAAGGUUGGAGAACGGAGAGAGAGAAGGAAUGAGAGCUGUCAGCGAUAUCAAGAAACUUGAGGUCAUCGUAGCCGAACUGCGACAAGAAAAUCACAAUGCUCAGAAAGAUGCUAUGCGAUACCAACGAGAGUUCGAAGAAGCCCGGGAAUCUGGACUUAGCGAGGUGCAGCGGACAAGAAAAUACAUGCAAGCUGAGAUCGAGUCUGCUAACAACCAAGUCAAUGUCGUGCGAGAAGAUCUUGAGAACCAAGUUUUGAGACUCCGUGCCGAAAUCGAUCAGGUGAGACUCGAUGCAGAUACUGCGAAGGAGAAGCACGAAAUGUUACUAGAAGAAGCGAACACCACCAAAGUAUCAAUGGCCGCGGAAUUGAAGCAGCAGCAUGCUGAUGCGGUGGAUGACAUGAUUGCGCAACAUGAGCGACAACUUGGGAAUGCCAUAGAGGAUGCUCAGCGAUCCGAACAGCAUCUGCUUGAGCGACUGUCACUGUCUUCUGCUAAGACCGAGCAUCUUCAAGAUCGCGUUCUACAUCUGGAGGAGAAACUUGAGAUUGCUAACCAGGCGGCCACUGCUGCUGCUAAGGCCGCUCGAACUGCAAAUAUCUCGGGUCCGCCAGCUUCACAUUCAUCAAAUAGACGUGUCUCUCGUGGUGCUGAUCUUCCAGAGAAGAUUUCACCUCAGGCACUUCGCGAAUCCAUUAUGGUUCUUCAAGAGCAACUGCAGGAUCGCGAGCAAACAAUUGAGAAACUUGAGGCCAUCGUAGCAAACGUCGACCCUGAGGCGCACACCAAGAUCUCCAAGCGCGAUGAUGAAAUCAUGUGGCUUAGAGAGCUUCUAUCGGUUCGAAAGGCCGAUUUGCAUGAUAUUGUCGGCGCUCUCUCAACGGACCAAUACGAUCCUGAACAGGUUAAGGACGCUGCCAUCCGAUUGAGCGCAAAUCUACAGAUGGAAGAAGUUGAGCGAGAACGCGCCAUGAACGGUGGCUCUGCAAUCAACCUUCCAAAUAUCGCAGCUAGCCUUCGUGAUGCUGCUAGUCCACGAGUUGCUCAAGCUGUUGGCCCCCUCGCUGCUGCUUGGGGAAAUUGGCGUAAAUCCCGGGAGCCAAGUGCAUCUCAACCUGCAUCACGCAGCAGCUCUUCCACACCAAGACAGUCCAACAGCCCUGCCAACUCAUCUUUCCUCUCUGGGCUAAUGACUCCACCUUCCACCAAAUCUCAACUCAGUAACUCUCGUCAACCAACAGCCUUUGGCAGUACAGGCCAGCGUUUCACCAGCGCUCAGCUAGCUAACCGUCCUCGCGUUGCUUCUCGUCAAGAGCUGAGCAAGCCUCACGAUACUGGAAGCCAGCGAAGUAGUCCCAGGAAAGAAAGAAGCAGUCCUAGAAAGCCGGCAAUGAUGAGUGGAGGUGGAGGCAUACCGAGUACACCGCCGAUGAUGCGUAAAGCGAGCUAUGAUAUGGAUGCCAGAGCAUCUGAGGAUUUCAGCGACGCUGGUUUCUACGAUGACGAUGAGAGCGAGGUUACUGUGGAUGAAUCGAUGUAUGGUGGGGGACGCCGGUAA